UCUCGCAGCUAUUAGUCGAAGAGUUGCAAGCCAACGCUGGUCUUCAAUUGCAAUUGAUGAUUGUCUUCGCCUACUCGGCUAGCUCUGAGUCGGUCCCCAGAAUCGACUAACAAAAUAUAUACCAUCGAUACAUAGUAUGUGACCUAUCGAAAAUUUCAUUGGUCGAAAUCUUAUUGCUGAGCCGAAGGAGUCCUUGCCCACUAUAUCGCCCGUAUUCAUGAAGUGCACCCCUCCACCGAAACUCAUGGACAAGCCCUUUGACAUGCAUUGUGUCCUUAUCAACGAAUCUAUUGUAGUUGAACGCCGAAACAUAUAGCGGAUCCUCGCUUAAACUUCUCGAUCUCCCAGAUAUCUUCAGUUUGUUAGACAGCAUGAAUGAAAAAUGGUGGCAAAAAGAGUGACUAGCAGUGCCCAAAACCAAGAACAGGAAAAAGGAGAAUUUGAAAAAGAUGACCAAGGCAAUCAAUACGAACCCUAGUAGUCCUCGAAAAUUACUUCAAACGAACCCAAUCAGCCAGGCAUAGCAGAAUUUAAAACUGAAAAAUCUAUCAAAACUAUUUUUGGCAUUUUAGUAAAGAAAAAUAAGUUGAAGGCACAGAACGUAAAGCGUCGAACUGUUUAUCGAAUUGAAUACGGAUUGUGAGCUCGGCAUGGAACACCUCGAACGGUAUCAUGGGAAGGCCCCACGUCUUGACGCGGAGGGCAAUCGCAACGAUCCCCCUUCGAAGACAAUCCAGCAAUCCAACAAUACUGAGAAGCGCUCAUCAGAGACAAACACAACAGCCAGUGCUGAUCCCAAACUGUGGCUUGGAUCAUUAGACGUUAGCAGAGAGAAAAGCCACACAGCUAUCGACAUUUUUGAACACCGCAGCAGCGACAACUCUAGUGGCAGCAGCGACUACUCUUUGUUUGGAUCAUCCGAUAGUGACGAGGGUAAGUGCUGCCGCGACAGCGACAAUCACGAUCAGGGAUCUUCAGGGCUCCUGUGUUCAAAAGGAGACGCCAGUUCUCCUAUUCGCAAAGGUUCCAGCUCCCCGGAGAUAAUCACAGAAAAUCCUAAACCUAAGGACACUUACCAAAGAUGCAAUACCCAGUCAAUGCCCUCUGCAGAACACACUUCUGCGACUCCCUCCUCGUCCAAUAUGACAUUAUACAGAGUACCUGGCCGCUCUUAUCAGCUGACUGCAAGCGUCAGCCAGGAGGACUCUUCUUCACUAAAGGGAGACCGGUUAACGAGUAAGAAGGACAUUAAUACUCUGACGGGAGAACUGUUGAAGAAACAACUGAUGACCCGUCACCUGAUGCCGUUGAAGUCGCGAAUACCGACGCCAGCGACGCCCGACAAGCCGGUGGGACCCAUUCUUUACAACGCCGCUGGGUGUAAGAACCCAGCGAAUAGACAGAGUUGUUCGGGCGAUGAAUUGGAACUUCAGUUGGAGCCAACAGAUGGUCAGAGCGGUCGGCCAAGAAGGAGCGUCUUGGGUGAUCUCUCGAAGCUUCCAGAUACAUGGACCGAUGGAAGAUUCACGCCACAAUCGAUGUCGUCCCAAUCGUUCGAGUCCAUUGGAGGCAUCGACGGUGCGAUGAGCUGGAACUCAGGUGUUUCCGCUAUGCGAACCGAGGCGGAUACGGACAGAUCAAGUAUGUGGGAAGGGAAACGACCAGCGAGGUUCAAGGGCCAGAAGAUACCACGGGAAGGGGACUUUCGGAGCUAUUUUGAGUUGGACGAGGUAUCGAUAGAAAUCCUGUGGACCGUGGCCUACCACCAGCCUACACUGGUGGGUUUGCAUGAUCGAAUUCUGGGCUGCAUGGAGAGAUUCUAUCACCACCGCUGCCCAGUUCGUGACGAGUUGAUCUUCCAGUGGUACCUAUUAGAAGGCUUUUACCCUAUAUUUUGGCUUCUGGAGGCACCUCUAGAAGAGGUGAUACAGUCGUCCGAUGAGCAGCUGGACAUGAUGAUCCAGGAGUUUACGUAUAGUGACCGCAUUUCGCAGAGUAUCCCAGUGACUGAGGACAUGGCCAAAUAUAUGGUCUGCGCAUACUUCCGCGUCCUCUACAACUACGCCAUAAACAGGAAAAUGGACAUUCUCAGUCGCACUCUACUCCGUUGCCGCUUCGCCGUGAACGUGGUGGAGGUGUUCAUGUUGGAGCAGCGUAAGCGUCCGCUCGGAGACACGAUCAACAGCUUUGAAUUGUAUAAAUGGUCUUGGAUACACGAGGGCCGCCUGAAAACGAUCUUGGAGGAGCCCUUGCAAACCGGUAACGAGCGGGCCACUCAGGCCGAGACUCAGGGGCUGUGCAUCCGCACACCAAACAGCGACUCUUUCAGCGAGUUUUAUGUUAACCAGCAGCUUCCGCGACCCGAUUUCCAUGCCAUCAACAACGUCAGUGUCGGUCUGCGCCGAUAUAUUAGCAAGAGCUUUUCAGAGACUUUAAUUCCCUGUAGCUUUCCUUGCCCCAUUCAAGGCUGUGGACAAGAUCUGAGCCCGAGUAUCGUGAUGUCACAUUUCCUCACCAAUCACUGCCGCCGCAUGGAAGAGAUCUGGAUGGGCGACCGCAUGAUCUGCCUGUUCUCCCCGGUCUGCUAUCCCCCCCGACUGAACUACUGCAUUUGCAUGUUGGCCAUACUGGACGGAAAGCACAAAACUAAAUCGCACCGCCCGCGGUACAUCCGAAAUUUGGGUUUGCCAACGCGUGAACUUUACUUUGCGGAGCACCUAUUAGUCACUGUGAUGUUCGCCAAGAUCGACAAGAGUGCACUGGUAUGUGAAACCAUUGAAAGCGAUGAAUUCCAUGAAAACGAGUUGGACACUGCGUUUUCUUUGUCGGAUUCUGUGGAUUUCCAUAAUACCGAAUAUUUCCCGGAAGUUAUAGCAAAAAAGGAAGUGAAGGUGGAACCGAAGCCCGAUCUGGAUGAUAAAGAGAAGACUGAUGUAACAUCCGAUUCAAUUUACCCACGGGCUGGUCCAGUGCACUUUCCGGAAACGGAGCCACAACCUGUUGACGAAAAUCAGCUCUACGUAUUUUGGCUGAUGAGCCAUGACAAGCUCCCACGGGAUGUGAAAGUUCGCUUAUAUGUCUACGCGCAUGAGCGCGGCGUGUGUGGCGAGAACCGCAAUUUGCUCAAGCCCAUUCGUAUGUCAAAGUUUAUCGAUGUACCCAAUAUGUUGGAUAAUCAUAAAGACAGCUACUUGAUCAUGGAUCAUCCCACCAUGGCCGCGAUUUCCAGCAACUUUAAAGAUAUUGUUUAUGUGGACGCUCGCCCCGUGUAUGGGGAGCGAUAUAGUGCUAAUGAAUCCAGCGAUGAGAUGUGGGUUGUGCAGCCAUAGAAGUAUAAUAAGUAGGUUCUAAAACACCCUCAAUAAAAGUGAUGCCUAGCCGAAGCGUCUAACUUCUCCAUACAGGCCCCCCUUAAUGCACCCCAGAAAGCACUUAUUUCCUUUUUGCGUGUCCCUUUGUGGUCACUUACUAAAUAUAUUUUUGUCAUUCAGAUUAAUAAAAGAUCAAA